UUCAUUCGAGCUUCAAGAGCAUCUGCGCAAUCGCAGUGGUCGGAGUGCGCGCGCAUGCGUGAGAAGGGGAGCCGUCGCCAUGUUUAGAAUGGCAAUUCCUUUGUCAGCAAUCGGGUGAAGCGUCACUUCAUACGAAUGUGCUCGAAGCUCAUCGACCUGGAGCUGGCGCUUGAAUUCAAACCUCGGAGAAGACGUGUGUGGGAAUUUCGUCAAGAAUAGUGUAGUGAUUAAAUAAUGUGAGAGAGUUUGUCCGGUAGCUUGUGAAUGAAAUCGGACGGAUCAUGCAAUUUUUUCGGUCCUGAACACUACAAGAAAAAAAAUGGCGGGCUAAGGCCUUUGUUGGUAAACAGUUACUUUUUUGAUCUUCAAAAAAUUUGGAGAUGUGUUCCCUGUUGUUUGUGUAGUGAGUUAAUUUGUGAUACGCAAUUUUUAUUGAAUUCAUGAGUGUGAUGGAAUUAAUUGCGAGCCCUUUGUCGUAAGAAUCACGACAAAGCAAUGAAGGUGAAGGAUUGAAGAAAAUUCGACGUUCACUGGUGUAAAUUUUUCGUGUCAUUGAAAAUGACUAAGUCGCAGAAUUGGAGAAGUGUUCAAGAAUAAUUUUGAGUGUAAGAAUGUGGAUUCGGGCUGUGAAUUGCGAUUGUGGAAAAACAGAAGAACUAUUUGUAUGAUACUCUCCAUGUCCUGGGCUGUCUACUGCAGCCAAAGUUUGGAUAUUGUUAAGUCGCCCCAUACGCGUCAGGAAUCUCCCGGAUAAUCUCCGAUAAACAUCUAAACCGGCGAUUACUCGACCCUUUUUCAAUCCACGACAACUCGAAAUCGACAGAGUGAAUUGGAAUAUUUUUGUUGGUAGGGUGAAGUUAUUAUUUCGCUCUCAGCCAUGAGAAUCGUGUUAUACAAAUCACAUAAUUUGAUACAAACAUACCGACAAUUUUGAGAGUCAGUUCACCCCAGUUUUGGGGCCGAAGUUUUUCUUGUUUUUUCCCUUUAUUUAUGGAAGUGCGGGAUUGUGAAGUAUCAUGUCGAGGAUAUACGGAUCAUCUUCAAGUGAUGAGGAUGAGGAUAGGAAUCGUUGGAGGAAGCAUACUUUCUUUAAAGGAAACAAGACAAGCGGAAGGGCCGGCCCCUCUGACAGGAAGAAAAGAACACAAAAACAUCAAGAUCCUGCACUUCCAGACCAUCUGGAUACAUGUAACUACUAUCGUAAUGAGCAAUAUCGAUGUCUGAUCUACCAGGAACUACUACAGUUGGGGACAUUUCUAGGGGAAGACGAUCCCCUGGUAUCGUGUCACAAACGAAAAAAAAAUCGAAGCGAACCACGUGAAGUGGCCACUGCAGAUGAUCCUGUGGAGGCGAAGAGAACGACGACUUAUCUACUCAUUGAUAUUUCAGACGAUGAAGACGCUAAUUUUAAUUCUGUUAAAACUGAGUUUUACUAUCACGAUUUUAAACAAAAUGGAGGAGAAAAUGAUGGAGCGUUGGAUGAAAUGACGGAUGACAUGACGGAACAGUCCAUUUCCUAUCCUCCAAGUCCCUCACUUUCUCAAGAAGUUAAAAAUGUAUUUGAACUAUCAAAACCUGUGCAGAACGUGGAGAAUACAGAUGUUUUGAAUGAGGUGUUAGGUGAAGUCAUGCAACAGUGUGUUUUUUAUCCCUUAAGAACUUCGACUAAUGAAGAAAUAGAUCCACUGCUAUUAGAAAAUGACUCUCAAUUAUCGGGCUCCCGAUCGUACAUAAAAGAAGAGCGUGUAUUGGAUCAAGUGAUGAAUGAAGUCAUGAAACAACCCACUCCGUAUUCUUCAGGAACUUCAAUGAAACCAGAAAUUAGUGAAUCGUCAGAAUCUGAAUAUCGCAUGAAUAAUAGGACUGUGUUGGAUCCAUCGACAGAUGAAUUCAUGGGACGGUCUCUUUCCGAACUCUCAAGUAUUUCACAUCAUCGAGAAAUUGAUCCGCUUGGAUCAGAAAGUGAAUCCCAAUCAUUGAAGCCUGAACAGGCCAUCAAAAAUGACAAUACUUCUGCACUACAAACGCCGAGCGUACCUCCUAUCUCAAGGCUCUCAGAUCAUCGAGAGAUUGACUUACUCUCCCCGAAAACGGAAGCUGAAUCGCAGGAAUCUAAAGACCCCGAAAAUUAUACCACACUGGAGUUGAUAAUGGAUGACGUCAUGAAUCAGGCCUCCAUUAAAAAUGAGGAAAUUACUUCAGAAAAUUUACGUCAGAGAGAUCGUUCCCCAGGUUCCUCAGAUUAUACAGAAUCACCUCCAUCAAGAAGAAGUCCUCAUCGAGUAUUGAAUGACACUCAAUCAUCAUCAGAUCUUGAUAGAUUGAUCGAUCGUGCCCUUGAGUGUCGACUAUCAUCAGUUUCAUCAGAUUAUUCUGAAUCAACAGCAUCAAGAACACGUCAUGAUCAAGUCACCAAUGACACCCCAUUAUCAUCAAGUCUUGAUAGAUGCAUUGAUGAUACUCUUGAGAGUCAACUGUCCUCAAUUGCAUCAAAUUAUUCUAAACCAGUAUCAUCAAGACGUCGUUAUCGAGCAGUAAGUGGCACCCAAUCAUCACAUCUUGAUAGAUUGAUCGACCGGGCGCUUGAGUGUCGACUAUCAUCAGUUUCAUCAGAUUAUUCUGAAUCAACAGCAUCAAGAACACGUCAUGAUCAAGUCACCAAUGACACCCCAUUAUCAUCAAGUCUUGAUAGAUGCAUUGAUGAUACUCUUGAGAGUCAACUGUCCUCAAUUGCAUCAAAUUAUUCUAAACCAGUAUCAUCAAGACGUCGUUAUCGAGCAGUAAGUGGCACCCAAUCAUCACAUCUUGAUCGACUGAUCGACCGCGCGCUUGAGGGUCGACUAUCAUCAAUCUCGCCGAAUCAAUCUAAAGUCCUAUCACCCAGGAGAAGUCGUCAUCGAAUAGAAAAUGACCCCGAAUCACCUCCAGAUAAUAGAAGGAUUAAUCGUGUUUGUGAGAAUCGAUCUGCCUCAAUCGUUCCAGCAGAUUCUAAUCAAUGUUUCGUUCAUGACCAAAAUGCUCUGGAUUUCAUAAGAGAGAGGCCUCUGGAAUCUGACGAUGAUGAAGAUGAUGAUGAAUUUACACCAAGUGCUAGACCCGAGAGCAUUGUUCAAGCGAAUGCUCAUGAUUCCUCGGUCAUACCGAACAGAGAAAAUAAUGAAACUACAUGUCAUCGUCGUAGAGAUCCCCAGAAUAAAUAUUAUCCCAGAAAACAUUUCAGUCCUAACGAGAACAAGGCAAUGAUAGAUAUUCUUAUUUCGGAUGAUCAAAUUCAUCGUGCAACGACCUUGUCGUACUGGCAGAGCAUUGCACUAUUGCAACUUGAAGCCCUGAAAGGUCGCUCCGCAAAAUCUCUCUUCAAUCAUUUUAUGAGAUUCUUGCUGCCGAAGAGGUACGCAGGAUAUGUGAAAGAUCCUUUUGCUCUGGCCCAAUUUGACGCUAUGUAUGAGGAGUGGGUCCACAGGUCCAGAAUUUAGGUCAAGGCAGUGGUGAAAAUCGACAAGUCGAUUCAGGUAGAAAUCGUCUUCUUGAAUCAUGUCUCCUGAACGAAUGAAAUGUUUAGAACAAAUCACAAUCAGCCAAAAACGUUGAUUUCACUUUAUUUUGUAAUUGAAAUCGUUCAGGGGGUGAGUUUAGGUGAUAUUCUUCCAAGCUCGAUCAAGGGGAGAAGUGAAUAUAUUGUUUUAGAUGUCAUUGGGUCGCUGGCGACUUGAGAAGAGGUCGUUAAGUUGUUGAUACUAGUUUUACAAUUUUACAGGAGCCCGUUGGGGUUCAAGUGAUAUAUACAUGAUUUAAAUUUCGGGAUUGAAGUAAAAAACAUUGUAAUGGAACCAUUCAAGGGUGGGAAUGUCCUGAAAAAUCCGAAAAAAAUAAACAAUGUUUUUGAUAUACUAUGUUAAAACGAUUGCCAAAUUAUGUAGAUGAUUUAUUUUAUUAUUAAUUAAUUGGUGAAAUAAAAUUUUUGGUACUGAG